AUGGAUAAUCGUAAAGCCUUAAAGAGGGUUCUAAAACCGGUGAUUGAAAAGAAGAGGCGAGAUAGGAUAAAUCAAUGCUUGGAUGAGCUAAGGACUAUUCUGCUAAGCAAAACUUCUGACAUGCGGCUGAAAAAUCCAAAAUUAGAAAAAGCUGAAAUUUUAGAGUUGACCGUCGAUUACAUACGAAGAAAAUCAAAUGGAAAUGACAGCAAAGAACCCCGCAUACACGAGCACACCGCCAUUACCAACCUGUCUAUAGUGGCAGGUUUCACAGAGUGCAUUUCCCGCCUGGGCAACUACGUCGACAGCGUGGACCCAUCCCAGAGAGAGAGCUUUGUCCAGGGACUUAGGGACCACCCUGAUACCACAUGCCUGGCCCUCUGGGGAAGUGCAGAGCCAGACCUUCCCCCUGGACUUCCAGCCCUGGGGCCCUGCAGCAGAAAGACCAUGCCUCCUGGGGCAGGACCAGCAAAGAGAGCCACUUUCCCCUUAUAUCAACACCUCUCUUCCCAUCUACUCCCAACACCUUGUCCUUCACCACCCCACCCCCACACCACCCAACACUCUCACACCCUACCAUUCCCCUGUUACUCCCUCUCACCCCACCCUCCCCUGUACUCCCAAACUUCCUCGCCACGUCACACUACCCCUCCAUACCUCUCCAUGCCAUGCCACUUCCCCUUCCCUCCUUCCCCCUCUCGUCGUCCAUCAGAUUCCUUGUCAUCCCCCUCUCACUCUACGUCUCGGCACGUGGUGCCUCUGGUACCAGCCCAUCCUCCCCUGGUGUCCAGUCCCCCCACCCUUCUAAGUCUCUCUGGCCCUGAGCCCGUAGGCCCAACACGGACUCUGAGGCGGUCACUAUUUCAGAUCCAGCCCCAGGUAGUAUGGAGGCCCUGGUCCUGAUAUGUGGAAAUCCACACAGGACACACACACACGUGUCCACAAUCUGUGUUCUGAGAGAAUCUUUACGGAAACCUAGCCACCCAGAUCAUCAUGGGACACGUUCAGGACAACAUUCAUCUUUCCUAUCAAGCAGCGUGUGGUGAGGGCCGGCUAAGAGGAAAAGAUGUGGAGGUCAAGGACAAUCAAACGUUUUCUGAAAACCUGUCACUUUAGAAGGCCUGUUUAACAGACUGAAGAAUUCUCUGUUUUAUGACAUUCUCUUCAGAGUUCCUGGAGCUCCUCUUUAUUUUCUUGUCGUGAACAAUGCAUUUCUUCUUUUACAUUCCUAUACAG